AUUAAUUCUGCUGGAAUGGAUGAAAAAAAUGAUCACCCAGCAACUAAACCUGAAGAUGAACUAAGUGUAGCCAACAUCUCAGUCCAAAUGGUGGCUGCAGAAGAUAAGUUGGCAAAAAGGAUUCUGGCAAUGAAAAAACACGGCAGAUUGAAAUUGAAGAAAAAAGAUAAGUUGCUGUGGAAUUUUCAAAACAAAAUAAUUCUUUUUACCCUCAUUCUAUUCAUUUUAGGAGUUGUAACCUGGACGUUAUUGUGGCUCUUCAUUGUUCAGGCAGCAAACAAAGAUGCAUUGUAUUUUGUUGGACUGUUUCGUGUUGCCAACAUAGAAUUUCUCCCAGAAUAUAGGCAGAAGGAGUCAAAAGAAUUCCUCUCUGUGGCACAGAACGUGCAGCAUGUGAUGAACUUGGUCUACACAACCUCCUCUUUCUCCAAAUUUUAUAAGCAGUCAACAGUUUCAGAAGUCAGUAACAACAACAAUGGAGGCCUUCUUAUUCAUUUCUGGAUCGUAUUGUGGUACCCGCAGGCCAAGGGACAAGUGCUGUGUGAGGACUGUGUGGCUGCCAUUUUAAAGGAUUCCAUUCAGACAAGCAUCAUUAACCGGACCUCGGUGGGAAGUCUGCAGGGCCUUGCGGUUGACAUGGACUCUAUUGUACUAAGUGCAGGUCUUCGGUCAGAUUAUUGGUCAACAACAGGAACAGGAACAAAUUGUAUGUAUGAUCUGUAUGCUGAUCGCCUGCAUGAGCACUUUCCUCUGGAUAUCCACGCUACUUCGGGGGGAACGACCUGCUAUUUUAAGCUGAUUGCAUCAGUGGGUCAUCUUCUUCGUCUUUCGAUAGUAUCCCUCCAGAUUGAAGCAGAUAACUGCAUCACUGACUCGCUAACCAUUUAUGACUCUCUGAUGCCAAUCAAACAUAAGAUACUGUAUCGGGCUCUGUCAGACUGAAAGGUGAAGAUGGCAUGUCCAUCAAGUAGAUGAAGAGCUCAAGCCUGUGAACCAGCCGAUUCAUUGGUGUCACUUGUGUCCACAAACAAUCUCAUGCUGGUAAUGUUUAAGGCAGCACAAAUAAAGGAACAGAAGGAAUUCCAUGGCUAUUUUGAGGUCAUUACGCAAGAAAGGUGUGGAAAAGCAAUUGUGACAAAAGAGAAAACUGGCUACGAAGGGAGAAUCACAAGUCCCUAUUACCCAAGCUAUUACGCUCCAAAAUGUCUUUGUGCAUGGAACUUCCAGACUCCUCAGAAGAGCCUCGGUAUAGCUCUGAAGUUUCAUAACUAUACCAUCAGUGAGAAGAAUAUUAAAGGCUGUGAGCGAGGAUGGUGGAAAAUCAAUGAACACAUGUACUGCGGUUACUAUGUUGAUCACCAAACAGUCUUCCACAUUGCGAGUUCUACUGUCAACAUUGAGCUUCAGUGCAGUUCGAAGGUCUCAGAGAAGCCACUUCUGGUGGAGUACGGCAGCUAUAACAUCAGCCAGCCAUGUCCACCUGGACAUUUCAAGUGUUCUACUGGCUUAUGCAUCCAGCCGAUGCAGCGCUGUGAUGGGAUCAACAACUGCUUUGAUGAAAGCGAUGAACUCUUUUGUGUUGUCCCUGAGUGGAACUGUAACUCCAGCUUCGCAAUACAGGAUAACCUGCUUGCCUGCAACGGAGUAAGUGAUUGUGAGGAUGGAAAAGAUGAGCAGAACUGCACCCACAGUAUUCCUUGCACCAACCACACUUUUAAGUGCAGGAAUAACAUUUGUAUUAGGAAAAAAACCGCAAAGUGUGAUGGGACUGUGGACUGUAUUGAUGGAAGUGAUGAAAGCAGCUGCAGUUGUGGCAGCAGCAAGAGCAGCAAUCUCAUCUCUCGGAUUGUAGGUGGUACAAACACUGAGGAAGGUGAAUGGCCCUGGCAGGUCAGCCUCCAUUUUGUGGGAGCUGCUUACUGUGGGGCAUCAGUGAUAUCAAAGGAAUGGCUUGUGUCUGCAGCUCACUGUUUCCAAGGGAGCAAGCUGGCUGACCCCAGAGCGUGGAGCGCUCACCUGGGGAUGCAAAUGCAAGGCCACGCGAAGUUUGUAUCUGCAGUGAGACGGAUUGUAGUCCAUGAAUACUACAACAGUAGGAACUAUGACUACGACAUUGCGCUGCUGCAGCUGAGCAAGCCAUGGCCAGACACGAUGAGCCAUGUCAUCCAGCCGAUCUGCGUGCCUCCCUUUUCACACAAAGUCCGCAGCGGUGACAAGUGCUGGAUAACAGGCUGGGGCCAAAAGCAGGAAGCAGAUGAUGAAGGUUCAGCAAUUCUUCAGAAAGCAGAGGUAGAAAUUAUUGACCAAACAUUAUGUUAUUCCACAUAUGGGAUUAUCACAGCUAGGAUGUUUUGUGCUGGACUAAUGUCUGGGAAAACAGAUGGGUGCAAAGGUGAUUCUGGUGGACCAUUGUCAUGUCAAAGCAGUGGAGAUGGAAAAUGGUUUUUGACUGGCAUUGUUAGCUGGGGUUAUGGAUGUGGAAGACCAAAUUUCCCAGGUGUCUAUACAAGAGUGUCAAAUUUUGCACCAUGGAUUCACAAAUAUGUGCCUUCAGUCUUGUAACUUGAAAACUGUUAUCCUGGAAUAAAACAUGUCCUGCAUAUGCUAAUUAAAAAUUAUAUUUGGUAAAACUGUUCAGUGGUGGAAUUUCUUUUCUUGUCUCCCUGCUGGUUCUGGAGUAGC